AGAGGAGUGGGGGAAAGUUUGUAGUGCUCUAUAUUUUAACUGAAAACAGGUUUUCUUUUAAUUCAAGGUUUUUUAUUAAUUGUAUUUACUGCUAGUUUUUAAAUUUGAACACUUUUGCCAACAUGCCUGCCCUAGAAGUUACAGGUUGUAAUCCAGUUUCUCCAUCAAAGAAGGCAAAGAUAGAAGCAAGGCCUGAAGAGCAAAAGACAGUCCUUAAAUUUGCUAAACUUUCUGAUCAAGCAACAACUCCCACAAGAGGUUCAACUAAAGCUGCAGGAUAUGACCUGUACAGUGCAUAUGAUUACCUCAUUGGUCCCAUGGAUAAGGCCAUUGUCAAGACAGACAUUCAGAUAGCAGUUCCAGCUGGCCACUAUGGGAGAGUGGCACCAAGAUCUGGACUGGCAGCCAAACACUUCAUUGAUGUUGGUGCUGGUGUUGUAGAUGAAGACUACAGAGGAAAUGUUGGUGUUGUCCUGUUCAACUUCAGCAAGGACACAUUUGAAGUGAAAAAGGGUGACAGAGUUGCUCAGCUGGUCUGCGAGAAGAUCUGCUACCCAGAUCUGGUGGAGCAAGAGACUCUUGAUGAAACCGAGCGUGGUGCUGGAGGUUUUGGAUCAACUGGACGGAACUGAAAGCUGCAGAUGUACUUUCAACUCCAAUAUUUUUUAAUGUGUAUAAAAUAUCAAAUUGUUUCUAAUAAAUAUGUUCUUUUCAUAAAA